AUAUUUCCGCGGCAUUGAUGUUUUGCUAUUAUUUGGUUUUUUCUUUAAUUAGCCGAAACUACAUCCAUACCGCAAACCCAUUUAACCGAAAUCGAAAUCGACAUUGGUAGCGCGCAUAAUUCUUUUUAUUUUGAGAGAUGUAAAUUUUUUUGCUAUAGGCAGCCAAAAUUUGAUUUGAUUUGAUUUGAUUUGAAUCAACUGAUUCCAUACAACUUAAGACAUCAUGUCUAUCAAUUGGAAGUUGAUUCUUCAAUCAUCCAUCUCAAUCGUAUCUGCCAUCAUCCUCAUUCAUCAAAUCCAUGACUUAAUACCGAAGAAAAAGGAGAAUACUGAACAUGACGACUCAGAUCUAACAUUAUUAUCUCCUCGUACUAGAGGUAUCGAAUCUCAAAUCGGUAAUACUCCCCUUAUAGAAAUCAAAUCAUUAUCGAAACUUACAGGUUGUAAAAUAUACGCCAAACUAGAAUUAACCAAUCCCGGUGGAAGUGCCAAAGAUAGAGUUGCAUUAGCUAUCAUUCGAGAGAAUGAAAAAUUAGGAAAUUUAACUCCCAAUAAUGGUGAUAUCAUAUUUGAAGGAACUUCAGGUUCAACAGGGAUUUCAUUUGCAUUAUUAGCUAAUGCUUUAGGGUAUACGGCUCAUAUUUGUUUACCUGAUGAUACAUCACUGGAAAAAUUACAAUUAUUAACUGCAUUAGGAGCAGAAUUAGAACCUGUAAAACCUGCUUCAAUAGUAGAUCCCAAUCAAUAUACUAAUGCAGCAAGAUUAGGAGCAGAAUUAAUUAAUAAUAAUAGUGAGGAUAAUCGACUGGCUAUCUUUGCAAAUCAAUUUGAAAAUGAUUAUAAUUGGAGAAUUCAUUAUACUACUACUGGACCUGAAAUUUAUCGUCAAAUGAAUGGUGAUAUAGAUGUAUUUAUAAAUGGAUCAGGUACAGGAGGAACCAUUGCUGGAGUAGGGAAAUACCUUUAUGAAAAGAAUUCAAAUGUCAAAGUUAUCUUAUCUGAUCCUCAAGGUAGUGGAUUAUCUAAUAGAAUAAAUUAUGGAGUUAUGUAUGAUUCAGUAGAGAAAGAAGGAACAAGAAGAAGACAUCAAGUUGAUACAUUAGUAGAAGGAAUUGGAUUAAAUCGUCUUACUCAUAAUUUCAAACAAGGUGAACCUUAUAUUCAUGAAGCCAUUAGAGUAACUGAUUUACAAGCUCUUAAAAUGGCUAAAUAUCUUUGUAUUAAUGAUGGAUUAUUUUGGGGUUCAUCAUCAGCUAUUAACUGUGUAGCUGCUGUUAAAACAGCUUUAAAAUAUGGUCCAGGUCAAAAAAUUGUUAUUAUCGCUUGUGAUUCUGGUUCAAGACAUUUAUCUAAAUUUUGGAAACAAGCCAGUGAAAUAAAUAAUGAUAUUACAUUAGAUGAUAUAUUAGAAUCUAAUUAA